AUGCUGGAAAACUUAUGUGUUCAACAACGGGAGCAUCAUGAAGAGGAAACUUAUUGGCGUGCUUAUUUUGAGGCAUUUCAAGAGGAGUGUUACCUUUUGGUUCAGGAUCACUUGACUUCUAUUGAGGAAUCUCAAGAAGAGCGUUACUGUUUGGUUCAAGAACACUUGUCUGCUCAGGAUAACUCCUUCAAUGUUUUUGAAACCUAUGUUACUGAUGAGUUUUCCAACCUUCGUAGAGCCAUAGGUGUCAACCAUGGUGCUACCACUACCAGCAUUAACAGGGCACUACAUUAUCAAGAUGAAAAUCAUUAUCAUUACUCGCAGUUUUACCAAGAGAUGUGUGAUUUUCUUAACGGUCAAAAUGAAAAUAACAGUCAAGGAUGGCAUAGAGGUGUGAGACCACAACCCAAGGGAAGAAACCAUCAGGGUCAACAUAAGGGAUGUCGUGGACAUCUUGCUUGCGAACAAUGGAAUUCAAAUCAUUUUGCAUGCAUUUUCAUUUUUCUUUAG